CAAGCAAGUGGGCUGUCACAUGCAACUUCUCUUCCAUUUUGAACUGAUAGAGAGAGAGAGAGAAGGUUGCUGAUAAGGCAACCUUAACCAUGGAGUCUAGGUUGUCAAUUUGGGCACUUGGGUUGUUGUUUUUCACAUUGGUGGUUGCUGACGGUAAUAAUAGUAAUAGUACUAGUAAUGGUUCAAGAAACUGCAAGUUUCCUGCAAUAUUCAAUUUCGGAGACUCUCAUUCCGACACUGGAUCAUCCUCAGCUACUUUCAAUUUUCUCCAGGCACCCAACGGGAUGAGUUUUCGCAACUAUUCUAAAAGGAGCAGCGAUGGUCGUCUCAUCAUAGAUUACAUAGCUGAGAAUUUGGGAUUGCCAUACUUGGAUGCACCAGUGGACUCAAUAGGGACAAAUUUUAAGCAUGGUGCUAAUUUUGCAACAGGAGGAGCGAGGAUCAGUUCGGAUGUGAUUAUGGGAAAAACCACUCCAUACCACCUAGGCGUUCAAGUCUCUCAAUUCUUACAAUUUAAGUCGCGUGCCAUUGCCCUACACAAGGAACUCCUCAAUAACAAGAAUAACCCGCCAAUUGAAAACAAAUUCCCAGAGCCCGAAGUCUUUUCAAAGGCAUUAUACACCAUUGACAUUGGGGGUAAUGAUGAUUUUAACAAUCAUACCAUCUCUACUACAAUGGACCAGUUCACCAAUACCCUACAGAGGCUCCUUGGGGAUGGAGCAAAGUACUUUUGGAUACACAAUACAGGGCCAAAUGGGUGCGGACCCUUUGGCCACAUCAACUGCAAGAAGGAGCCAGGAUGUGUGUUAGAUCAAAAUGGGUGCGAUAAAAAAUGGGAUGAGAAUUCUCAGGCUUACAAUAAACUACUCAAGGAUAGGGUUUCCAGGCUAAGGGCUCAGUACCCAGAUGCAGUAAUUACAUAUGUCGACAUAUAUUCAGCUAAACACAAGCUGAUAGUCAAUGCAAAAAAAUAUGGUUUUGGUGAUCCAUUCAAGUUCUGUUGUGGGAAUGGGUACUUAUGUGGCCAGGUUGAUUUUAAUGAAACACUCCUUGGCACUGCAUGUAAGGAUCCUCAAAAUUACAUCAACUGGGAUGGCAUUCACUACACGCAGGCUGCAAACCGAUUUGUUGCGAAUUUCGUCGUCAAUGGCUCCUUGUCUGAUCCACCAGUACCAGUUGCAGAGGCUUGUCAUAAGCAAUAUUGAAAAAACUAUGCUUACAUAUAUUCAUCACCUGCUACCAUUUAUUCGUAUGAUUAAUACUCAUAUAGGAGGUAUUGGUGGUCUUUGAUUCAAGGCUCAUGUACAUGUUGUCUAUGGUGUACCCGUAAUAUACUCCGAAAUUUGCUGUCAUAUGUGACUUUUAUAUGUUAUAUAUGAACAGAUUUCUUAUUGGUUUUUUAUCACUAGAUAUGAAUAUCA